AUGGCGUCCACUUCCACUUCCUCUCACAUUCCCGGCCAACGCCACGAACGGAUAAUGGAUUCUCCUCGACCCAACACCACCACCCCCGACCCGGAGACGUCCAUGUCGCAGAAGAUGUUAUCCGCCGUUACUGGCAGCGUUUUUACAUCUCUUCUCGUCACUCCCCUCGAUGUCGUCCGCGUGCGACUGCAAGCGCAACCCCGCCGUCCGUCUCCCUCGUCCGCCCUGCCCUCGUUCAUCCAACUCCCUCCCAAUCUCGGCGUCACGGCGUGUUGUCGCGAGGUCUUUUGGGUGCAGAAUCAAUCCCAGUUCUGCGUCGCAUCUCCCCCUCCGCCUUCAUCCGCUUCCUCCUCCGCUUCCUCCCUCCUCGCCUCGUCCGCUGCACAUUCCGCCCAAUCCACCGCUUCUGACUGUGCGGCAGAGGAAAGUCAACGGAGAACCUUCAAUUCCACCCUCGACGGAUUGAGGAAGAUUGCGCGGAAUGAAGGAAUCUUGACGCUAUGGAGAGGUCUAUCGCCCACCCUCAUGAUGGCCGUGCCGGGAAAUGUCAUCUACUUUGCGGGAUACGAUUGGCUGCGRACGAGUAAGUUAAGUCCCAUCGAGGGACGGGUGAGCGAUGUAUACGCUCCCUUGGCCGCUGGUUCUCUUGCCCGCGUCUUGGCCGCCAUAGUCGUCAGCCCGAUCGAAAUGCUCCGAACGCGAAUGCAGGCCCACCAGACCAAGGAGAAGAAUGUGAUGAGAGCGACGAUGGUGGAAUUGCGGGACAUGGUCGGCACACAGGGUUACACCUCCCUCUGGCGCGGUCUAACCCUCACCUUUUGGAGAGACGUGCCCUUCUCUGCCCUUUAUUGGUGGGGCUACGAGUUUGGGCGAGAACGUCUCCAUGAACAGCGUCGGCGAAGAGGUAGCAUGGCGGGAAGGGAACUUGGCACAAAGGAACUCUUGACCGAUUCCUUCAUCGCCGGCGCUUCCUCGGGUCUGAUUGCCGCGCUGGUCACGACACCAUUUGAUGUGGGCAAGACGAGGCAACAGACGGUCGUCAGCUCCAACAUGUCGCUCGAGCAAAAACGCGCCCUCCCCGAGAGUCGCACGAUGCCACGCUUCUUGUGGCACAUCUAUCGAAACGAGGGCAUGAGUGGCUUGUUCAAGGGCUGGGCUGCGAGAUGCUUAAAGGUCGCUCCCGCCUGUGCCAUUAUGAUCAGCAGUUAUGAAAUUGGCAAGAAGAUGGCCGUCAAGGUUAACGAGAAGGAAGACUGA